UCAAGGACAUCUGUUACAUCUCGUAUGUAUAUACAUACAUAUCUUCUUCUUCGUUAAAUUGCGGAAGCUAUUGUCUUCAGGAAAAGAUUAUUGCUGCAGUGUGAUUUUUCCUUACGGUUUUUCUCGCGAAGAAAUUGCUGUGGUUUUAACGAAUUGAAUGAAGAGCUGUCGCUAGUUGACUCGCUAUUCCGACACUUUGUUUUGCGGCAAAUGUCAUCCUUGGUGAACAUGUGAUUAUGUGAUCGGUGCAGGAAGUGCCAGAAGUAAUCAGAUUUACCAUGACACCAGCAUCUCGCGAGUCCGUCGUUAAUCUACUAAAUGUCAAGGAGAAUCCUGACGACAAGGCGAAUACGACGAACGAGGGCGAGAACGUGUGCGACUUGCAACCUAACCUGCCAGUUGAGACGUACCAUGCCGUGUACAUUCCAUUGGAAUACAAAGACCAAUCAGAUGGAGAAGAAACUCUUCAUGUUUAUCUCGAGAUGCAGGCUGCCUUAAAAGUGAUAAACACAUAUAAAAAAGGCCGUUUGAAAAGUUUUAAGAAUCGUUCUGAUGCUGUAGCAUAUGCAAAAACUGGAUACAAACAAUCUUCUUCCAAUCAUCCUGUGACAGUUACUACAGCACAAGAACAAUCCAGUAAUUUUAGAGCACCAAGCACACAGGAUUUAAUAGCUUUCAAAUGGUUAAUUGAGAGUGGAGAUGUGAAGGCUGUGAAGAAUAUUGUAUGGAAAAAUCCAGGAUAUCUAAUCAGUAGUGGAGAUACGCCUGCCCUUUUGCAGAUGGGCUCUCGAUAUAAUGCUUUACAUAUAGCAGCGAAAAAAGAUAAACCAAAAAUGUGCGAAUUCUUAUUAAACACCGUCGGGGAUCCCAAAUUUAUGCAACGGUAUUAUGGGGAAGAUAAAUGUAAAACAUACCUGAAUCUUGAACAGAUUAUGCAGGAUUUAUACUUAAAUACACCAGACAAAGGACUCAAUGAGACCCCGUUACAUUUUGCUGUUAAAUUUGGCUUUAAAGAUGUUGUUCGGGUUCUUGUCUCCUAUUCCCAAUGUAUUAAAACCUUGAAAAAUAAGUAUGAACAGAUGCCUAAAGAUAUAAUAUGUAAUAGAAGACGCGAGGAAGAUGAAGCUCUAAAGCGCGAGAUACGUAUGUUGCUAGAAGAUCAAUUCUAUGUACCUGUAUUAAGAACAGAAGGUAAUGCAUGUCCACCCAUCAUCGGAGAACCGUUCUCGCCAAAUAAUCCACUUAAUUUGAACAAAGAUCCUAUCAGUCCUCAUGUAGAAGUAAGAGCAUUUGCUGGUCCAAUGACUAAAACACAGGCAGUAGAAUUUCGAAAAAAGUGGAAAACGCCACCACGUGUUACUCCCAAAAAGGGACAAGGCGACGCACCUAGUAUUAUGAAUAGUCCUAGUAUAGUCCUAAGGUUGCAAGAUACAGAAAAAGGAUUAGAACGUGUUGGAAGAGAUCUUGCUGAAGAAUAUCAAGUGCUUUGGAAGGAGUAUUGGCCGUUUUUGAAAGAUUUUGUUGAUUUUCGGAGUGACGAUGGAUUAACGAAACUUGAAAGAUAUUUGGAGCAAAGAUUUAAGAAUAAGGAACAAUUAUUUUACUCGACGAUAAAUCCGAUUAACAAUGUUAAUGCACUAGCAAAUUGUGAAGGUGAACCAGUAAGUUGCCAACAGACGCCAAAAAAAGUAGAUGCCAACGACAUACAAUACGUUUGUGAUAAAUUAAAGAUGUGCUCAUUAACUACUGAAAUUGAUAAUAAUGAAGAAGAUACAGAUAGCUUAGAAUUUUUUACACCUCCAUCUUCGCCAGAACUUGUUCAAGACGAUUUUGAUGACAAUAUGCAAGAUGCGGAAGAAGGUCCUUUAAUAUUUAUCGAAGGGUCUUCACCAACGAAAUUAGAUUAUGCUGUUUACACCGCACUUUCAUCUACGAUUUGUCCUGAUACGUAUCCUUAUAUUUACCAUUGGCGACACGACAUGCAGCUAGCUAUGAAACGUGAUCCAUAUAGGUUCAACAAGACAUUCCUCAGAAAAAAAUUAUUUACAAAUUAAAUAUCUAUACUGUAUUCAACAGAUUUACUACUCUUCGCGCAUACGAGACAACAUAGUAGGCAAAGUGAGAAUGUCGAGAUUAUUUCACUCGCACAAUUUUCUAAGCCCAUACUCGAGUGUGCUGUGUUUACAUAUACGAUACAGGAUACAUCUACACUUUGUCGCCUUCUAUGCGCAACGGUUGAUAAAACUCGUUGAACAAAGUAUAAUCUCAAGAGUCUGAAUUGCCAAAUUUUAGAUUAACGGUUGGAUUGUUUCUUA